CAGGUAUAUAUACACACACACACGCACUCACACGCCUACCUAUCUAGACAUCCUAUUCUGCGCGCGCGUCCCACAGAUCCGAGGCUUCUGAAGUCCGCGCCACAGGAGUUCACCAAUGGCGAACGACAAGAAAACCCGCGGAGUUCGCGCCCGCGAAUCGCUCGCCUCUUGGAGAACCUUCCUGUGGAAUCCGCGUACCAGGGAGUUCCUGGGUCGAACCGGGACCAGCUGGGCCCUCAUCAUCGGCUACUACAUCAUCUUCUACCUCUUCCUGGCCGCGAUGUUCGCCUUCACCAUGUGGGUGAUGCUGCAGACGAUCAGUGACGAGAGACCCAAGUACCAGGACCGCGUCCAGAACCCUGGAGUGAUGAUCCGACCGCGUGCGGAGAAUCUGGACGUCUUCUUCAACAUCUCCAGUGGCGACUCCUACUCGAAAUUCACGCAGUCUCUCGACUCCUUCAUCAAGACCUACGACAACCAGUCGGUGGAUUGGCCUCGAUGCACUCCGGGAUUCUUCCGCGAUGAGCAGGGCUCCCCCGUGGGUCACGUGCUCACCACGAUGCCCCUGCCAUGCUACUUUAACCGCUCGCUGCUCGCGAACUGCUCCGGUCUGAACGACCUCAGCUAUGGCUACGCCAGCGGUCAGCCGUGCGUGCUUGUCAAGAUCAACCGCGUGAUUGGCUACAAGCCUGGGAACACCGACAUGCCGGCGAGCGUCAACUGCACAGCGAAAAACAUCGACCUGGGACCUCUGAACUUCUACCCUGAAAACAAGUUCGACCCCAUGUACUUCCCCUACUACGGCAAGAAAACAGACGGUGGCUACCGUCAGCCCGUGGUGGCGGUGCAGUUCAUGAACCCGCCCCGCAACACCGACCUGCAGGUGGUGUGCCGCCUGUCGGGACCCAACGUGGUCGUGGACGAAAACAACCGAGACAAGUUCAUCGGCCGCGUCGAGUUCCGCCUCCACAUCUCCAACUAGCGGGAGGGUGGGAUGGAUGGGGGGCGGGGGGGGGGCAGAGACGGUGACGACACGAGGGACACACGCGACUUCGUUCGUUAGGACCCCUAACUUUGUUUCCUGUGGUCCGCGACUUCAUUUCUCACGACCCAUGACUUGAUUUUCUGUGGCCCAUGACGUCAUUUCCUGUGGCCCAUGACAUCAUUUCCUGUGGCCCAUGACGUCAUUUCCUGUGGCCCAUGACGUCAUUUUCUGUGGCCAAUGACUCAAUUUCCUGCGGCCCACGACUUCAAUUCUCAUGACCCAUUAUUUCAAUUCUUAUGACCUCGUGACUUCAUUUCCUGUGGCCCAUGACGUCAUUUCCUGUGGCCCAUGAUGUCAUUUUCUGUGGCCAAUGACUUCAUUUCCUGUGGCUAAUGACUCAAUUUUCUGCGGCCCACGACUUCAAUUCUCAUGACCCAUGACUUAAUUUCUUGUGGCCCAUGAUGUCAUUUCCUGUGGCCCAUGACGUCAUUUCCUGUGUCCAAUGACUUCAUUUCCUGUGGCCAAUGACUUCGAUUCUCACGACCCGUGACUUAAAUUCUUACGGCCCAUGACCUCAAAUCUUAUUACCAAUGACUUCAUUUUCCUGUGGCCUGUGACUACAUUUUUUGUCGCCCGCGGCUUAAUUUCUCACGACCCAUGACGUCAAUUCUUGUGGCCUGUGACUUAAUUUCCUGUGGCCGCCAACUUAAUUUCAUGUGGCCUUUGGGCCAGAUGUGCUCCAGGACUUCGCUUCACAAGACCCAGAGUCAGGUCACGCUCAGUGCCUGCAUUUGAGCCCUGAGUCUGGGUGUGUCUCUCUAUCCAUGGGUGGUUGAUAAUGGCCGUGUCGUAAAAACUGAGCCAUUAUCACUGAGACCGUGGGUUCGAGUUCUGGGUGUGGGUUUCUCUGACAGAUCUAUGUGUGAGUCUGUGGGUCUCUGUCUGAGUCUAUGAGCCUCUCCGUGAGUCUAUGGGUCUCUGUGUGAGUCUAUGGGUCUCGAUGUGAGUCUAUGGGUCUCUAUGAGUCUAUAGGUCUAUGUGACUCUGUCUCUGUGUUUGUAUGUCUGUGUGUGAGUAUGGGUCUCUGUGUGAGUCUGUGGGUCUCUGUCUGAGUCUAUGAUCCUCUCUGUGAGUCUAUGGGUCUCUGUGUGAGUCUGUGGGUCUCUGUGUGGGUCUAUGGGUCUCUGUGUGGGUCUAUGGGUCUCUGUGUGAGUCUAUGGGUCUUUGUGGGAGUCUUUGGGUCUCUGUGUGAGUCUAUGGGUCUCUGUGUGAGUCUUUGGGUCUCUGUGUGAGUCUAUGGGCCUCUGUGUGAGUCUAUGGGUCUCUGUGUGAGUCUGUGGGUCUCUGUGUGAGUCUGUGGGCCUCUGUGUGAGUCUGUGGGUCUCUGUGUGAGUCUAUGGGUGCUGUAAUCUCUUUGUUUUGAGGCUGAAACUCUGGACUCGAACCCAAGAGAUGUCUGCUUCUGUGCACCUCUGAGCCAUUGGGUCUCCACAAUUUAGUGUAAAUAUACAAACAUAACAACAACAUGAAUAAUCACCAUAGUCCAUAUUAGCCACUAUAAAGAUAACAUAGGGGAAGUGUAAAUGUAUGAUACUUAAUAGGUCCAGCAGCGGUAGCGUAAGUGACGACAUCAGCUCAAGGGUGGAGGGGUUGGUUGUGGAAUAUCGUGGUUUUGAUUAGUUUAACGCGACUAAUAUCGUCCGUUAAAGAGGUUUUGUUGGGUUAGAUCGCGUACAUAUGAAUGUGUCUUGACUGAAAGCUUUCGUGACUGCGGGAAUUCAUAUUCUUUGGGGCUUUCGGUAAAGUCACGUAGAAAGGUUCAAAUGAAAAUAACUAAAAAUAACAAAAAACUACGACGUUUCGAUCGCAACACAAGCGAUCGAAACGUCGUAGUUUUUGUUACUUUCUUUGAACCUAUCUACGUGACUUUACCGAAAGACCCAAAGAAUAUAAAUGUGUCGUUAAACCCGCCACCACCCGACACGGCCAAAUCGUAAGGUUUGUCACGUGAACAGAACGUGCCCAAUUCGUUUCGAGUACAGCAACUAACCGGUUGCGUGUUGGAGAGCAAAUCCACAACAUUUGGCAAAUCUGACAUUAUUUUGAUUAUUGUAAUUAUAUACUACAUUAGUCAUCAUACUAAUGUAGUAUAUAAUUACAAUAACCCCCCCCCCCCCCCCAAAUCGUUGCACCUGAUGAGUUAAUGAGUUAAUGAUGACGUCACCCUGCUGCUGCUCUAUAUAAGAACGGGAGACAGAGCAGAGCCUCAGCAUUCUGGCGAAUUGCCCGAUGAUGCUGGAUGCAAUUACCAGCAAAACGUCGCGCUACUCAAAUUGUAAAUUGUUGUGGUUUCACGCUUCAACACACCGGUGGGCUAAAGCAGUGAACUAUUUGUCUUUUGUCAAACGUGACACUUUUUUACUGAUUGGCCGUGUCGGGUGGUGGAGGGUUACGACACAUUUAUAAAUAACGCGAUCUAAACACAAAAACGUUGAUUAUGAAGUAUAUAUAUGAUUGAUUACACUAUGUAACACAAUUUUUGUUCCUGGGUAUUAAGUGUUUUUUUCUAAUUGCUUAUGGCUAAAAGGUAUAGAAAGUGGCUGUUAUUCCCUACAAACUUUGCUUUUGUGACCAGGACUUUAUGUAAACACCUUUUUAUCUCUUCUUGGUUCUUGCGUUGUGGCUGAAACGUCGUGAGAAUUAUUUUGUUAUCUUUUAUUUGUAUUAUUUUAUUAUUUCCCUUCUACGUGACUUUACCGAAAGAACCAAGAAGAUGAAUCCCUGCAGUCACGAAAGCUUUAAAUCGAAAUUUUAUUAUGUUUUAUUUUUAUUAUUUUAUUAUUUCCCUUCUACGUGACUUUACCGAAAGAACCAAGAAGAUGAAUCCCUGCAGUCACGAAAGCUUUAAAUCUAAACCUUUUUUUCUCAUUGAAAAUAGGUACAUUUCAAAAUAUCGCUGUCCUGGUCACACAAAAGCAAAGUUUGUGGACAAUAAUAGCCACUGUCUGCACUUUUAAGGCAAUUAGAAAAUAACACUACCUACCCAGGAACAAAAAAUAUUAAAAAAUGUUGUUAUGAAGUGUUAUAGAUAUCGCGGAUUCCUCUUGCCCCAAUCGGCAUCUUAGUCGUCGUCGACACAACAUCGUAGCUUUCCGCGUAGCGGUCUGGAACGUUUGACUCUGCGACACUGGCACGGCUCCCGUGUCCGCGCGGAGUGGCAGCGUUUGUGUCGUCUGUAACUUUUGAAAAAUGAAAUUAAAAAAGGCUAAAAAAUCUCGGAAA